ACCCGAGUUCUCGCGCUGAAGUAAAAUAUUAUUUUCCGUUUUUUUAAACCAGAUUUUGACAGUUUCUGGAGUUAUGGAUAAAGUGAGAGAAGCAGAAAAACAUGGGUGUUUGGUAUGAUGUAUAUUUGGAUUGUAAGGUACGGAUGCAGUGCAACAUGAACAUAAACAUGAGUGUUCACUGAUAUUAUGAAGGUAUUUUGAAAAAAUAACAGAAAGCUUUACAAUGGAAGAAAGUAAUACUGGUGGAGACUUCGACAACCAACCAGAAGUCAGCAUUACCAUAGAGAAUGGAGACUUUGAAGCGAGUGAGGAGGAACGAUGGGGCUUUGAGGGCAGAGCUUGUAUUGUCAUAGAUCACAGAGAAGGAAUUGAGCACCACCAAGACCCUCCUCCUCAAAGUACAAGAUUAACACUUACAAAAACACUUACAAAGCCUUCAAAACAUCAAGUUAGGGUUAUUCCAGUGCGGUUAAAACAGGAGAGAAUAGAAGUCCCUGAGAUGACGGAUCUACCUGAGCAGCAUACCCAGAGAGACAGGGAGAUGAUGAUGGUGGAAUCUGAAAAUCAUCCCAGGGUGGUGGAAGCACACUCUGAUAACCAAGUCCAUUUUUCUACCAGACAGCCAAAUGUUAUGAAAGUGUGGGUCAAACAAGAGGUAGAAGAUGUGCAGGCAUUCCAUGAGCUACGGGAUGUUAAACCAGACAUCCGGAGACUUAAUAUAUCACUGCAGAGUAGAAGGGAGGAUGCUGACUCCACUGUUGAUCCAGAGAGCCAUGUUAUUGAAGAGGAAAUGAGUAGCAUGAAGAAGGAGGGUACUUUCCAGUGCGAAGUGUGUGACCGAAUUUACUUCCAUUUGCGGACUCUGGAAUCUCACAAGAAAAUCUGUGGCAAGGAGAGUAAACUCCGGAAAACCAAAUGCAUAGACCCAUUGUGUGAAAAGGAGUUCUUUCAUAAAUUUCGCAUGAUUGAACAUUUUGAGAGGAACCACAUAUCAAAAAAGGAGCCCGAACAAGCUCUUGAAUUUGACAGGAGAGACAGUGAAUUUGCAUGUCCAAGGUGUCAUGAAUUGUUUUCUCAGGUAUCAGCUUUACGUAUCCACCAGAGGGCCUGUGGUAAAUUAUCACUCUCUCAAAAAAUGGGGAGGGCAGAUGGAAAAAAGAAAAUACGGUGCAUAUACCCAGAUUGUAAAAAGGAAUUCUUCAAUAGAGCUUUAUUAAAUCAACAUGUUGAACAAUGUCACCCUGAUAUUAAAGUUGUUUUGAAGCCUGCCUCUCAUUAUGAGUGUGACAAUUGUCAUAGAGGAUUCACAUAUUUUUCAAGUUUUCAAACGCAUAAGAAGUCAUGUGGUGAACACAGUAAACUCUCCAAGACACGCUGUGUACAUCCCUCUUGUAAAAAGGAAUUCUUCCACAAGUGCAGGUUGAUUCAGCAUUUAGCUGAAGAUCAUCCAGAGAUGGAUUACAAGGAACCAAAACUAAGUUUUAAGUGUCCCAGAUGUGACAGAGAAUACCUUUACUUGAGAAGUAUGAGGACACAUGCCAAAGUAUGUGGUAAAAAGGAAAGCUUAAAAAAUCUCAGUGCAUAUCACCGUCAUGUACAAGAGAAUAUUUCCACAAAUCAAGACUUGCGGAGCAUAUCAAGAAGGAUCAUCCGGAAAUGGUGUGUGAGAGCAGUAUGGAGAAUGAGCUGA